CCCGGUUACUUGACACACAAUACAUUCGCAGACUGAAACUACAACAACAGAAGCUCCUCCUUUUCAGCACAUCUGGAGCAGUGAAAACGUGGAGAGGAACAUACCCACAUCGUUCUCUGACUUCUUUGUAUUACUGGACUAAUCUUACUCUUGAGUUGGUUCUAUUGAAAAGUAGAAGUGCAACUCCUCUACCCUACCCUGGACUGCUGGUUUCCUGAUCACACCCCAGCACUGCAUUGACGCUCCUCUGACCAAAGAGUUCAACUUUAAACUGUUCAUUGUCAUUUAAAGGUUGCACCUACAAACAGCAGGAUGCCGUUAGGAGGAGGAAACAAGUGCGGCCGCUGUCAGAAGACAGUUUACUUUGCAGAGGAAGUACUGUGUGACGGGAGGAGCUUCCACAAGUCCUGCUUCCUGUGCAUGGUUUGUAAGAAGAGCUUGGACAGCACAACUGUUGCUGUACAUGAUGAUGAAGUUUACUGCAAGGCAUGCUACGGCAAGAAGUAUGGUCCAAAGGGCUACGGCUACGGUCAGGGAGCAGGAACCCUCAGCAUGGACAAGGGAGAGUCUCUGGGUAUUAAACAUGAAGAAGCUGCUCCUCAUCGUCCUACCACUAACCCAAACCCAUCAAAGCUGGCUCAGAGGUUUGGAGGGUCAGAAAAGUGCCCUCGCUGUGGCAAGGCUGUCUAUGCUGCUGAGAAAGUGAUUGGAGCUGGGAGUUCAUGGCAUAAGACUGGAUGUUUCACCUGUGCACAAUGUGGGAAGAGCCUUGAGUCGACCACAUUAGCUGACAAGGAUGGAGAAAUCUACUGCAAAGCCUGUUACGGCAAAAACUUUGGUCCCAAAGGAUUUGGAUACGGACAGGGGGCCGGGGCGCUGUCGCACACCCAGUGACGACCACCGGGAUCCUCGUUAGCGGUUUCUCAAGGAUGCUGCACUUCUGUGUUCUUCCUGCAGGGGGCAGACUGUUGAUCGACAACCAACAUAAGCCUUGCAGACAGCUUCACAAGUAAUUCAUAAUAUGACAGUGGAAAUGCUAAUACCAUGCUAUUCUGAUACAGGCCAAAGCCAAAAUAAUUUAUUGUGCUUUUAUAGUUAAUUCUGAUAGUUAAGUGAAUUCAGUUAAUUUUGACUCAACUUUAUAAAGGCCUACUAAUACAAUAUUAUACUAUCUGCUUCAACUAACUUUUAUUAUCCUCUUCUUUGGGGCUGUUUAUUCACAUUCAACAAAGACAGUUAAUGCUGCUUUUUAAUAAUGGGAAUAUUACAAUUGAAAUAAAUAUUAAAUACAUAAUAUAAAUCAUA